UACAGGGCAGUUACAAGAUUAGAAGCAAUCUGCGAAACACACAGUUCAGUCGUUCUGCACAACAUGGAUGCUAUGCUAAAGGUUUUGGUGCUGGCAGCCCUGAUUCUGCUGGUUUCUGCCCAAACAUUUAAUAAUUACAAUAGCUUGCCUGAUGUAUUAAAGAGACACAUUGACAAAAUGCUGAUGAAGGCGAACCAAGACUUUGGAAGGGGUCAUCAUAUUGUUUUUGAUUCCAUCAUAAGCAAACCGAUGACUAGGCAGAGCAACUUGUAUGUAAAUGUCCUUCUAAAAGUCACAACCUGCAUUAAGACCUCCAAGAACGCAUAUGAGCACAGAGAUGAAUGUGAUACACGGAAAGAUAACACGCCCCUGAUUGACUGCCUUGUGUGUAAAACAUAUAAUGAAAAAGAACUGGUUGACUGUGGCAGGAAGAUUAACGUUUCUAAAGGAAAGCGCAGUGAAAUCCGAAAUAGCUGUAGGCCAUAUCGCACUGGAGCAUCAAACCUCAUGGCGCUCAAAUCAGAAGAUAAAAGGAAGAUUGAAUGUCUUGGUUGUAUUUGAAGCUGUACAAAUCAUAAACGCAAUAUAUAAAAUGUGUGUGUGUGUGUGUGUGUGUGUGUGUGUGUGUGUGUGUGUGUGUGUGAGCGCGAGAGAGAGAGAGAGAGAGAGAGAAAAAAAAUAACUAAAAAUAUUUCAUAGAGUAGCAAUUUAUAAAAAAUAAAAAAAAAACGUUUGUUAUAUUCUAUUAGAAAAAAAUGUGUAGUUCAGUUCAUCUCUGUUAAAUAAGGACAGGGAGGGACAGGAGUGUGUCCUGGUUUGAUUCUCAUGUUUAUACUAAAUAAUUUUAUGAUCUUACUCUGAAAUUGUUUUGUAGUUAUCUAAAGCCAUUCACACAGAACUGAAUUUAUUUUUCUUUGUGUACGUGAAGCGUUUUAAAAUCUGUUUACAGCUAAAAAGGACUUUUCAACAGUCUAAUUAUAAAUUGAAUUUGUAUACUUCAUAAUUCAUGUAUGUAGUAUGUUUAUGCAUGUAGUAUAUUCAUGUCAUGCAUGACAGUAUGUAACUAAUUUUGUGUAUAUGACUAAUAAAAAGUAUAAUCAGAAUUUUA